AUGACCACAAAACGCCUCAUUAUAUUGUCACACUGCGCGCUCUUCUUGCGCCAAGUACUCCGUCUUACCCCGGAUGACUUACUUUCUACCGUCCAGUUGAUGAUAAAUAAGCUAGCUGCAGACUAUGCUGGAAUUGAACUCGGAAUUGGUGAAUCUCUAAUCAUGAAAGCUAUUGGUGAAUCGACCGGACGCAGCCUUGCAGUCAUCAAAGCAGAUCAAAAUGAAAUCGGCGAUCUAGGACUUGUUGCCGCAAAGAGUCGAUCAAACCAGCCUACCAUGUUUAAGCCUAGAGCACUGACUGUACGGGGUGUGCACGAAGGGCUGUUGGCUAUUGCUAAGACGCAUGGUACCGGGUCUCAAGAGAAAAAGAUUGCGGGCAUCAAAAAACUACUCUCAGCUGCCGAUGCUGACAAGACAGGAAAGGGGUCCAAAACCAUUGAUAUCACCAAAAAUAGGGGUGGUGCUAGUGAGGCCAAGUUCAUUGUACGAUUUUUGGAAGGUAAACUUCGACUUGGACUGGCUGAGAGGACUGUGCUUGUCGCUUUAGCCCAUGCAAUGGUAGCACACGAGGCUGAGAUGGAUGGAGGAAAACCUCCAAGCACAGAUCAGCUUGCCAAGGGUGAAGACAUUCUUAAAACUGUCUAUAGUGAACUUCCAUCAUACGAAGUGAUCAUUCCAGCCAUGCUUAAACACGGAAUCUUCAAUUUGCCAGACAACUGUAAAUUACAGCCUGGUGUCCCAUUGAAACCUAUGCUUGCUAAACCUACCAAAUCCAUUAGUGAAGUUCUUGACCGCUUUGAAGGGAAGCAUUUCACAUGCGAAUACAAGUAUGAUGGCGAGAGAGCACAGAUCCAUUACAUCUCUCGGGACACGAUCAAGGAAUACCCAGCGGCUUCUACGACACUUCAAAAAGACGGCGAGGGCCUUUGCGCUGUCUUUUCUCGCAACUCUGAAGACUUAUCCAAGAAAUACCCUGAUAUACUCGAAAAACUGGAGGCCUGGGUAAAGCCUGGCACCCAGAGUUUUGUUGUGGACUGUGAAACAGUUGCUUGGGACACUGUUAAUAAAAAGGUCCUUCCCUUUCAACAACUCAUGACUAGGAAGCGAAAGGACGUGAAAUCGGAAGAUGUCAAGGUUAAAGUCUGCGUUUUUGCAUUUGACUUGCUCUUCCUGAAUGGAGAGCCCACCGUUAAGAAGACGCUGAGGGAACGACGUGCCCUUUUACAUGAUGCGUUUAUGCCAGUUGAGGGAGAGUUUGCUUUUGCUCAACACGGAAAUACUAGUGACUUGGAAGAAAUACAGACCAUGCUUGACGAGAGCGUCAAAGCCUCCUGUGAAGGCCUCAUGGUGAAGAUGUUGGAUACAGAGGACAGUGGCUAUGAACCAAGCAAGAGAAGUAGAAACUGGCUAAAGGUUAAGAAAGACUAUCUUGCUGGCAUUGGUGAUUCCCUCGACCUUGUCGUCUUAGGCGCAUAUUUCGGCCGUGGAAAACGUACAUCAGUGUAUGGUGCUUUCUUACUCGCUGCAUAUAACCCCAAGACUCAGAACUACGAAACAAUCUGCAAUAUUGGCACAGGUUUCUCAGAAGCUUUGCUAGAGGAACUUCAUGAAACCCUCAGCCCGCUUGUUAUCGAUAAACCAAAGCCGUUUUACUCUCACUCAACAGUCCCCAAGGACCAGCCGGACGUCUGGUUCGAGCCCAAGUUCGUAUGGGAAGUCAAGGCUGCUGAUCUCACUCUCAGCCCCAGGUAUAGCGCUGCCAGUGAUGAAGUGAUGGGCAAUACUGGUGGCUCCGCAGCUAAGGGUAUCUCACUACGAUUCCCCCGAUACAUUAAGGCGAGAGACGACAAAAAGCCAGAUCAAGCUACGACCACAAAAGCUGUUGCGGAGAUGUAUCGAAAACAAGAGAGCGUGGCAAUGGACAAGACCAAGGGAGCCGUGGACGAUGAUUUUGAAUAUUGA